AUGUACUCUGUAAACAGUUCUACACCCAACGUGUCUCAAGUUACAAUCGAAGAUGUUCCAGGUACCGAAUAUUUCAUCAACGUCGAUCACUCAGUGGAUCAUUCCCACUCGGAAGGGGUUUCGUCAAAUAUUAUUUUGAUUCCUCGGCCCACGACCUGUGGUGGAGAUCCCCUGCUUUGGCCACGAUUGAAGAAAUACUACCAAUUACUCUAUGCUUGUGCAUUCAGUUUCGGAGAAAAUACCCUUGGAGCUGCUUGGGAGACCAUAUCCAAGGAUACAAAUGUGAGCCUUACUAACAUGAAUGGCGGUUCAACUCUCAACUACUUACUACUGGGCUUCUGUAACAUAUUCUGGAUACCUGCAGCUAAAAGACUUGGUAACAGAUUUGUGUUUCUGACUGCGACCUUAAUUUACAUGUGUGCCGGCAUUUGGCUAGGCAAAUUCUAA